AUCAAGGCUAUCGCUGUGAAUACGUCAUAGGUAAUUGUGCAUUACGUUUUUCACAAGCGCUUACUCCGAAAUGGCUUCUACAGAUGAACUCAAAGAAGUAUUAAAAGAGAGCCUUGAAAAUAGAGGUGUUUUAGGCCAAAUUAAAGCCAGAAUAAGAGCAGAAGUCUUUACUGCUUUAAAUGACCAAACAGAAAAUAAACCACAGCUUAGUAAUGAAAACGUGUUGAUAAAUGAACUUAUUAGAGAAUACUUAGAAUAUAAUAAUUACAAAUAUGCUGCAUCUGUAUUGGUAUCAGAAUCAGGAAUGCAUCCAUCACCAUUGGAUAGAGAUUUUUUAAAGAAUGAAUUGAACAUAGUAGAAGAUGGACCAUCCAGAUCAGUCCCAUUAAUGUAUAGUUUAAUAUCUACAUAUAGCAACCAACACCGACCUAAAAAUAAACAAACAGGGGCUGGCAAACAAUCCAAAACAGCAUUUUUAGAACAUAUAGAGAAAGAUUUGGGUCCAGGAGUAAGUGAAGGAGACCCAGUUUUCGUUAAAUCAGGAAGAUUGUGAACUUUUUUUUACAUCGAUGGAUUUUAUUUAUUACUUGGCACCAGAAAAAUUCUGGCAUCUUAAAUUAAUUAUUCAUGCAAAAAAUGGAAUAAUAUUUCAACAAGUAAUGGCAACAAACAUUUAAUGCCCUGGCAUCUUUCCGUAUAGAGAAAAUAAACAAAUGAGUUGUUUUGUAAUAUUAUCAGUAUGCCACAAUGUGCACCAUAUUCUGGCUGUGAUUCAAUAUAUGCAAGUUAAAGGAAUGGUGGUGGUGUAUAUUUAAUAUAUGUACUUCUUGAAGCUAUUUAUCUAAACUGUAAGUGUUAAUGUUCUGUGAUAAAUUGUAUGUUACCAUGGCAAUUAUAAUUAUGGAUUGUAAAUUAUAUAUUAUUUACAUGUUAUUAUUAAAGGAGUUAUAAUCCC